AUGUCUUCCCAACCCACUCACGAAGUUCGAAAGUCCAGAGAGAAGAGUUACGCCCUGCCUGUCCCAGAUGUACAAUGGAAGAAGAAGGAUAGGCCAGACAAGGUCCUACCACCAGUGGCCAGUGAAAAGUCACGGCAAAUGGCCAGACGGGCGACGGUAAGCAUUCUUCUCUUGUGUAAUCUCGCUCUUGGAGUUUUGCUAAUCUAAAAUACAUAGGGCGAUAUCAAGCACGGAGAGACCAGGAAGGAGCGACGCGCCAAGAAGGUUGCGGUUCGCAACCAGAGGAUGAGAGAUGCGGAGUUGGUUGGAGAGCCUGCGGCUGUGGCUGCGACUGCGACCAACGAGCCGGAGAAGAAGAAGAAGAAGAAGCUCAACGGACGGACCAGGAAGGCGAUUCGGGAGAGAGAAGAGAAGAAGAAGGCAGGAGGAGAAGCUGCUGCUAAGGAGAAGAUGAAUGUUGGUAGGGAGGAAGCAGGUGGUGAGAAUUUCGCGGGAUAG